GUAGGUCGUAAGCGCAGCCGCCGAGCCUGAGCGUGAAGUGUGCGUGGCUAGAGUGCGACGCCUGACUCCUCUCUCUGCUGGGAUCAGGUGCUCUUCCGAAGUGGACUUUGCAUUCCUACUGCCUGUCGUGCUCACCAUGAAGCGCCUGGGUUCGGUGCAGCGCAAAAUACCGUGUGUUUUUGUGACGGAAGUGAAAGAGGAGCUCUCCACCAAAAGGGAGCAUCAGCCAUUUAAAGUUUUGGCAACUGAAACUGUAAGUCACAAGGCAUUAGAUGCAGAUAUAUACAGUGCAAUUCCAACAGAAAAAGUGGAUGGAACAUGUUGUUAUGUUACUACCUACAAAGGUCAGCCGUAUCUGUGGGCCCGACUAGAUAGAAAACCUAACAAACUAGCUGAGAAAAGAUUUAAAAAUUUUCUACAUUCAAAACAAAAUACAAAAGAAUUUUUUUGGAAUGUUGAAGAGGACUUCAAACCUGUUGCAGAGUGCUGGAUACCAGCGAAGGAAAUAGAACAAUUAAAUGGAAAUCCAAUGCCUGAUGAAAAUGGACACAUUCCUGGUUGGGUACCAGUAGAAAAAAACAACAAACAGUAUUGCUGGCAUUCCUCUGUAGUUAAUUAUGAAUUUGCAAUCGCCCUGGUACUGAAGCAGCAUCCUGAUGAUCCUGGUCUUUUGGAAAUUAGGGCAGUGCCUCUAUCAGAUCUGUUAGAACAGACCCUGGAGCUCAUAGGAACAAAUAUUAAUGGCAACCCGUAUGGGUUAGGAAGCAAGAAGCAUCCGUUACAUCUUCUUGUACCACAUGGAGCAUUUCAAAUAAGAAAUCUACCUCCCUUGAAGUACAGUGAUCUCUUGUCCUGGUUUGAAGGUUGCAGAGAGGGUAAAAUUGAAGGAAUAGUAUGGCAUUGCAAUGAUGGCUGUUUAAUCAAGGUCCAUCGCCAUCAUCUUGGUUUAUGCUGGCCAAUUCCAGAUACUUACUUGAAUUCAAAACCAGUUAUUAUUAACAUGAACCUGAACAAACAUGACUAUGCUUUUGAUACUAAGUGUCUAUUUUAUCAUUUUUCAAAAAUUGAUAAUCAGAAAUAUAGUAGGCUCAAAGAUAUAAUACUUGAUGUAUAAUCUGGAAAUGUAAUUAAAAACCAGCUUUAUUGUUGUUCUAUGUGAAUCUUGAAUAUUCUACCAUGUUUAAAAGGUAGAAGUAUCUCAAGGUUCCUAUUUAUUGUUAUCUGUAGUAGCUAUAUGUCUUACAGCAUUUGAAGGAAUGAAUUUCCCAGUUGGAAGUACUUAUUUAAAGUCUUAUUUAGAAUGAGCAAGUGAAUUUUAACUUCUGGACUUAAACCUGUAAUAGUAAGCUCCCCACCUUGUACAAAAGGGUUGGAUUCCAUCUUCUUGAAACUGGGUAGUCAUUUAAAGACAACAAUGAAACCACCAAUUUUGGAUCAUUUACUUUCAAAGUUAAAUAGUUUAAGCUGACUUUAAUGUAAUUUUGCUAAACAUUUAAGAAAACAUACGGCUCAUUCUUAUUUUAUAUAUAUAUAUAGCUCUAUAUAUAUAUAAAAGAUAUACAUAAAAUUUAAGAACUGUAACACAUAUAUAAAUAGGUAAGUAUAUAUAAAACCCCCAAUUUGGAAAGUUAAAAUGGUUAAAGUUUACCCUCACAUUCUUUAAAAACUUAAAAUAUUAUGAAUGCACAGGCAUUCAUCCUGGCUUAUAGCCUAUUGGAUAGUCGUAACACUUUGAAAAUCCUCAAAUAUAUACUUUUCUAAUGUUAAAAAUUCCAUAUAAUUUUAUUUACUAAAAAUUCAAGUUUAGGUAAAGGUAUAAGGUAUUAGACAGGAAAUCAUAUAGAUCAGAGACUUCCUUGAUUUCCAGAUGGAAUUUUAACUUGUAAAAUUAAUGAAUAGUUAAAUAAUUUAAAACUACAGUUACAGCUGUCCCUUAA